AUGGAGACCGCAGCCCAGCCCAGGCCCCAGCCGCCCAAGAGCCUCAACAAGCUGUUGAACAACGAUGAGCCUCUCGCCAAUGGCACGUCGCAGCUGCGGGACUCGGGCUUCUACUCGACGGGCGACAUUUCCAGCAAACACACAUCGUCAGCAUCAUUCAACAGCCACGGACUGAGCCCUGCCGCCUCCGGGUAUCAGUCAUCGACCGACAAGACGCCCUCACCCAUCGCCGGCCACAUGUCCACAAACCACCCUGUCAUCUCGCCGACGGCGCCCAGCAUGAGCGUCGCCCACAUGGUCUCGCCCACGGCAACGCAUGCCCCAGAUUACCGUGCGCUCCACCACCAGCGUUCCAUGGACUCGGGCCACAGCUCGGCAACGAUGGACGGCGCAUCUUUAGCCAGGCGCGAGAGCGUGGACAGCAGGAUUAACCAGGGCAUCUCCAACAUACAAUUGAGCAACAGCAACAAUAAUAAUUCCCCCUACACCAGCCACAACCCUUCGACGACCUCCUUCCAAAGCACACUGCACUCGCAGCGCAACCCCAGAUCAGGGUUCGAGACGCCGCCAGUCCACCGAAUCUCCAACGGCUACGCCCCUCACAACGACAGGAAUCCCGACGCCAAGUACCCCCGGACGGCUCCGACUAUUACCGGCCCAACUACCAGUCACAUUGCCCGAGCGGCCGAGCCCGUCAAGGGUCAGGCAUGGGCUUUCCCCGAAGACCGCGAAGACCCCCGCCACAGCCAGCACUCGGCCUACGACCUGUCUCGCCGAAGCAGCAUCUCCGAGUCCAUCGCCAGCAGCCAGUUCACCGCCGACUCACGUCUGCCCCCCGGGCAGCGCCGGCUCGACGACGGCCCCUCACCACCGGCGGUGCCGGAGAUCCCGCUGCAGCAUCGACAGGUGUCUGGGCUGCAGGAUGAUGGCAUGGCGGGCAACCAACCCUACAGCCGCACGCCCGAGUUGCGCGUCAGCCACAAGCUGGCCGAGCGCAAGAGGCGCACGGAGAUGAAGGAGCUGUUUGACAACCUGCGCGACCAGAUGCCCCAGGAGCGAGGGACCAAGGCGUCCAAGUGGGAGAUUUUGACCAAGGCAAUCGAGGAGCACAAGUACCAGGCAAGCCUGAUUGCGCAGCUUCGCCACGAGAACAACAAGCUCCGCCAGGAGAACGAAGCCAUGCGCAGUCAGAUGAGCGGAUACCGCGUGGAAGCACCACCACCCGCGCCAGGGCAUCACGAGGGGGCGGCGCCGCCGCCGCCACAGCCACACGCGAACCAUGCCCCGUACGCUACAGAGUACAGCAGCGGCAGCCGCACGGAACUACCCCCUCUGCGGUCUCUAGGGCCAGACAACAUGACGGGCGUUCACGACCUCGACAUUAUCGUCAUCUUCUUCUUUGUUCUAUACAUUCUGCCGGCGCCGACGGAUCAGGGACGGACGGAUAGCUCUCCAGCGAAGGUCAGGGGAUCAGAUGACUAUGAGGACUUGGGAGGCAGCCGACGUGGUUCGGGCCCCCAGUCCAGACGACUCGGCAUCGGCUCAACGACGCCCGCGUACGCAAUGGACGAACCGUUCCUGUUCACGGCGAGCAAGCGCCAGGACCGCCAAGGGGCUGCCUCGCGACAAAAGAGCUGCAACGCAUGCGUGCGCGGCAAGAGACGCUGUGACAAGACACUGCCGCGGUGCACGCGCUGCGCAGCCAAGGGUCUCGAGUGCGUGUACGCAAAGCUGCCGCCCGGCGCGCCAGCGACGUCCACGUCGAGCCCUACCGAGGAAGAGGAGGAGGAGUCCAUGAGCAGUGCCGCGACCCAUGUCGACGACUACGCCAUGGGAGGUGCCUUUGAGAUGCCCUCGACAUACGACAUGCACCUGGAUCCGACGGCGUGCGGCGGACCGUCGUCGUCGUCGUCGUCGUCGUCUACCCAGGCAGGGACGCUGGAGCUCGACCCCAACCUGGACUUUAACAUUGCCGACCUGAUCCAGGGCAACACGGGCGAGUGGAGCCUACCGCCCUUCCUGGAGGAGCCCAAGAUGAACUUCCCCGUGCCCACAAUGUUCCAACCCACCUCGCCACCGGCGCCAGAGCCGAUCCGCGACAUUAUGAUCCUCCGCAACGGCAUCGGCCGGGACGAGUGCCUGUCUGCGGAUCCGCUGCUGGUGCACGACAAGCGCACGGCGGUGGGCUUCGUCCAUCACUGGGUCAGGAACAUGCCCGACGUCUUUGCGCGCACGCGCCUGCUGCCCUUUAUCCACCCGCGCCUAUACGCCGGCAACCUCCCGCGGCCCAUGAUGGCAGCCUUUGGCGCGUGCGCGGCCUACAGCGGCCGCACCGAGGCCACCCGUCCCUGGGUGCUCAAGCUGGUGGCCGACACGUCGCGGGAGAUUCUACACGAGGGCAAGGUGGCGACGACGCCGCUCGAGAAGAUAGCCCGUCUGCAGGCGCACACCGUUGUGGACACGAUUCGCACCUUUGACGGGGACAUUACGCUGCGCAGCGCGUCGGAGCGCGAGCGGGACGUGCGCAAAGCGUGGCUCAUGGACCUCCUUCAGGUCAGGGACGAGCUCGAGCGCGACGAGGGCGUCGUCGGCGGCGAGGCCAAGAGGGAUGAGCCGCCCCGGAGCUGGGAGAGCUGGGUCCUGGUCGAGAGCGUCCGUCGGACGAUUUUCAUGGCCUUGGCGUUCCACUGCUUGGUACAGGUCCUCAAGAGCGAGAUGCCGGAUAAGGACAUGUGGCCAAACGGGCAGAAUUUCACGGCGUCCAGCCAUCUCUGGAACGCCCAGUCCCCGAUGGACUUUUUCCGCGCGUGGCGGGAGAAGCCGCAUUGGUGGGUGAAGGAUCUCGGGUUUGAUGCCUUUUGGCAGUAUGCGAGGGCGGAAGAUGCCGAUGAGUUUACGAGGCUCUUCCUAACGAUACACGUGGGGCCCGAUACAAUGGAUGAAUUCAUGUCGACGAAGCAGGUAUCAACCUGA